GGCGGCGCGGGCGGGCGGCGGCGCGCCCCCUGGCGGCGGGGCGGCCGCGAUGGCGGCCGUGCCUCAGAACAACCUGCGGGAGCAGCUGCGGCGGCACUCGGCCCGCGGGGCCCUGCGCGCCCCGGCGCCGCCGCCGCGGGACCGCCCGCCGGGCUUCACCUUCAGGAAGGCGCCGCGGGGCCUGGCGGCCGUGCUGAGGGACAAGGACGUGAACACCUCGCUGGCCGCGCCCGCCGCGGCUCCGCCGGCCGCCAAGGCGCCGCCGCGGGGCUGCGUUCCGCCCCGCAGCCCCGGCCCGCCGCCGGCCCGUGCCCCGCCGAGCCCCGCCGAGGCGGCCGAGGGCCCCGCGGCCCCCGGGGCGCGGCCGGCGAGCGCCGCUCCCGCCGGGAAUGCCGGCCCCGGCCCCGCCGCGGGCCCCGCCAUCACCAUCGGCGAUGAGUGGGAUGACAUCGACGACUUCGACCUGUCGGGAAUCGAGAGGAAGUUCUGCCGGGCGGCCGUGGUGUCCCCCCGGGGGCUGCGGGCCGCCGGCAGGGAGCCCCCGCGGCCCGGCCCCGGCCCCGGCCCCGGCCCCGGCCCGGCCCCGCGCGGUGCUCCCGCCGCCCCGGGGCCCGCCGGCGGCAGCGCGGCAGCGCCGCAGCCCGAGCGCAGCCCCUGCUCGCAGCGCUCCGUCAUCUGCCUGGAGGACUCGGCUGCCCAGCCCGCCCGGGAUGCGGGCAGCGCCGGGGCCCGCCCCGGUAACGCUGCUGGUGCUGAAGGGGGCCAGGAGCCACAGAGGGCUGGGAACAGCUCCCCAGAACUGGAUGAGGCCGCCUGGCCGUGGGCAGAUGCUGAGCUGGAGGAGGAUGACCUGGACAUCAUCCCUCCCUCCCCUGAGGAGGAGCUGCCUCCCUUCUCCCCCUCUGCACACAGUGCCAGCAGUGUUUUCAGAGAGUCUCCCACUGGAGGAAGGUGCACACCUGGCAGCUCCGAGGCCAGGCAGGAGAAAGGUCCCACAACACAUCCUGGAGGUGAUCCCAGUGCAGGGGAUUCAGGUGAGGCCGUGCCCGUGGCCCCGCGGCUGCUCGGAGUCAUGGAGGCCAUCUGCGAGCUGGUGGAUGCCAUCCCCCUGCAGGAGCUGCAGGCCCUGCGCUGUGCCCGAGCCCUGCUGCAGCACAGGGAGCUCAGGAGAAAACUGCUGGCUAAUUCUGCCGGUGUGAACCAAAAUGGCAUAAACACCACUGUUCCUAGAAGCUGGAAGUCUCCCACAGAGCAGGGCUCUCGUGUGUGUCCUGGUGCAGGUCCGGGUUCUGGCCCCAGCUGGAGCUUCAGUUCUGACAGAAACUCCCCCAAAUCCACAAACCCCCCAUCGGUGCUUUCUGUUCAUUCCAGCAACUCUUCUGCCAAAACCAACCAAACCUUGGACAGCUCUUGUGCUUCAAAGCAGAGUGCUGAGGAGCUGCCCUGCCCAGGCACUGCAGAGCUGCCCUGUCCCCGGGCAGGUGGCAGGGAGGGAGCUUCCCCCAGGCUCAGCCUCCCGUCCUGCGACAGCAGCUGGGACAGAAGUCCAGGGAUCCAGCCCCUGACCAGCACAGCCCUGAAGGGCCAGAGCACGGCUCCCAGUGCCCGUCCUGCAGGGAGCAGCUUGGGCACGAGCGAUCCUGACUGGGAGCUGGAUGCCUUUGACAUCGAUGACCUGGAGGAGGAGGAGUGGCAGAGCUCGGUGCCCGCUGCAGCCCCCCAGGCGCCGCCCACGCCGCUGUGCCAGCCCAGCCCGCAGGGGCCCGCCAGAUCCCUCCUGUCCAAGAUUAUGUCCAGAGCCAAAGGGUCAGCUGUGGGACCCAGUCCUGCUGCUCCAAAGCCAGCCCUCUCGAUGGCAACGAAGAACCAUCCAGAUCCAGUGGUUCAUAACCCUGCACUGGAGCGUUUCAGGGGUAUGAAAUUUCCCCACUCUGCAGAAAUGAUGAAUAUAUUCCACAAGAAGUUUGGAUUGCACUGUUUCCGGACAAACCAGCUGGAGGCCAUCAAUGCUGCUCUGCUGGGGGAGGAUUGUUUCAUCCUCAUGCCCACAGGAGGUGGGAAGAGCCUGUGCUACCAGUUGCCAGCCUGUGUCUCUGCCGGGGUCACCAUUGUUAUUUCUCCGCUGAGGUCGCUGAUCAUCGACCAGGUUCAGAAGCUGAAGACUUUAGAUAUUGCUGCAACAUACCUGACUGGUGACAGAACAGAUGCUGAUGCCUCAAAAAUCUACAUGCAGUUGUCAAAGAAAGACCCUGUCAUAAAGCUGCUGUAUGUCACCCCUGAGAAGGUGUGUGCCAGCAGCCGCCUGAUGUCUGCCCUGGAGAACCUCUACGACAGGAAACUCCUGGCACGUUUCGUCAUUGACGAGGCCCACUGUGUCAGCCAGUGGGGCCAUGACUUCCGACAAGACUACAAGCGCCUGAACAUGCUGCGCAGGAAGUUCCGCUGCGUGCCCAUGAUGGCCCUCACUGCCACCGCCAACCCCCGCGUGCAGAAGGACAUCCUGAACCAGCUCGAGAUGCUCAAGCCACAAGUGUUUACAAUGAGCUUCAACAGGCAUAACUUGAAAUAUGACGUGUUGCCCAAGAAGCCAAAGAAGGUGGCGAUGGAUUGCUUGGAAUGGAUUAAAAAAUAUCAUCCCCAUGACUCUGGGAUAAUCUAUUGCCUUUCCCGGCACGAGUGUGACACCACAGCAGCCAUCCUGCAGAAGGAGGGGCUGGCUGCCCUGGCCUACCACGCCGGCCUCACCGAUUCCAACAGGGAUCUUGUGCAGCAGAAGUGGGUUAAUCAGGAGGGAUGCCAGGUGAUAUGUGCAACCAUUGCCUUUGGAAUGGGCAUCGACAAGCCCGACGUGCGCUACGUUAUCCACGCGUCCCUUCCCAAAUCCAUCGAGGGCUACUACCAGGAGUCUGGCAGAGCUGGCAGGGAUGGAGAGAUGUCCCACUGCCUGCUCUUCUACAGCUACAGCGAUGUGACCAGGCUGAGAAGGCUCAUCCUGAUGGAGAAGGAUGGGAACAGCCACACGAGGCAGACCCACUUCAACAACCUGUACAGCAUGGUGCACUACUGUGAGAACGUGGUCGAGUGCCGCCGCGUCCAGCUGCUCGCCUACUUUGGGGAGACCAACUUCAACCCCACCUUCUGCAAAGAUCACCCAGAAGUGAUUUGUGACAACUGCAGUAGAAAGAAGGAUUAUAAAUCGCGGAAUGUGACCGAGGAUGUGAAGAGCAUCGUGCGGUUUGUGCGCGAGCACUGCGGGCAGGCAGGGCGGAUCAACGGCAAGAGGAAUCCAGGCUCUGGCAGGUACACCCUGAACAUGAUGGUGGACAUUUUCCUAGGUUCAACGAGUGCCAAGAUUCAGUCUGGAAUAUUUGGGAAGGGAGCUGCCUAUUCCAGGCACAAUGCUGAAAGGCUCUUCAGAAAACUGGUCCUGGACAAGAUCCUGGAUGAGGAUUUGUACAUCACAGCUAAUGACCAGGCAGUGGCAUAUGUCAUUCUGGGAGAGAGAGCUCAGGCUGUGCUGGAUGGGUCACUCCAGGUGGAGUUCCACGAGACAGAGAGUGCCAGUGCCAUCAGAAGGCAAAGGGCUUCCAUGGCAAAGAUGUCCCAGCGGGAAGAGAUGGUGAAACAGUGCCUCAGUGAACUUACAGACACCUGCAAAACCCUGGGCAAGGUCUUUGACGUGCAUUACUUCAAUAUUUUCAGUACUUCCACCCUAAAGAAAAUAGCAGAAACCUUGUCCUCAGACGUGGAGGUGUUGCUGCAGAUCGAUGGUGUCACAGAAGACAAACUGGAGAAGUACGGUGCAGAGAUAAUUAAAGUGAUGGAUAAGUACUCAGAACGCUCCAUCCCAGAAGAUGCUGCCUGCCCGGGUGGGGACACAGCCACGGGGAACACGGGCUCUCUGGGGAGCGAUGGAGAAGCAGAGGAUGCAGGUACAACCUCCAGCUAUUUUGGCAAUAACACAAACCAGAGGAGGAAAAGGAAGCGGCCGCCGACCUCCAGGGACUCCAAGAGGAAAAGGACGAGUGGUGGUGGCAGCCAGCAGUUCCACCCCAGAGGUGGCUACAGCAGGUACAGAAGGACCAAGAAGCUGCCAAGUUCAAAGGCUCCAGCUUCCUCCGGUGGCAGCUCCGCGUCCUACAGCGUUGGUGGCACACAGGGAGCUGCUGGGAAGCUGGCCAUGAUGGCACUGCCCAAACCCAAAUCCAGGAGCUUCCUUCAGCCUUCGUAUUCCAUAUUUUAGCUGGGAAACGCAAUUACUGGAUGAAUUUCCCCAAGAUGGAAUCACUGUUUAUUAAAUUUUUGUUUUGUUUGCUGCUGCUGAGCCUUCUGGGAUUUGUGUGUUUGUCGAGUAUGAAAGCUCACAUUAAAUAAGUAUUUUUUAACUUGUCA